CAGUUAGGACUCAAAAGAAGGUAUAGAUAGGCGACAGUCAGUUGGCGUCGAGUACUCGUUUAAAGCAGUACGCCAAAACGGCUCAUAUCGAAUACCUUUAACCCCCGCUACUCGUACCAGCAGCAUCAAGCGAUGAAUACACAAAUAAUUUCAAAGUAAACUUAUGGCUUGAAUGUCCGGUGCAAUUUCCACGUGUAAUGGCCAUCGCAAGGUGGCUCGAACUUGAAGCAUUCGAAGCAUGCUCAAAAUGCUCGUUCGCUUACGUUCUGGGCGACGUCUACAUACGUACCUCAAAAUUGGCACCUGUGUUUUUGUGGGUAUAUGCUACUUUGUGUUUUUGUUCCGCGAAUCUAUUAAUGCUUUCGAGAAUCGAGAACGUGCCAACAGAUUGGAGGUGGCGGAUUAUGCAGAACCCACAAAGCAGCAACUAAAGCGUCAACAGAUACAACGACAUAAUAGUUAUAUCCAGCACCAGAAUCCGCGUCAUUAUCGAAAUCGUAACAAGCCAGGCUUAGCGAAUGGAAGCUUAGCAGUGGGAUCAAAGACUAAUGUAAUUACGUCAAGCACUUUAAAUCCAGUCUAUGAAUACUCGGAAGAACUCCACAGCUGCACAGAUCGAGAGCUUAGGCAGCGUCGGGAACGCUUGAAUACUGUAUGCGAGAAGUACAAGCUCCAGGAGAAGUAUCCACCGAAUCCAUGGGAGUUUUUCAUUUCGCCCGGCCAUAAUAAUCUGGUGUGGUGUAACGUAUUCAAAGCGGCCAGCAGCACUUGGUUGUACUACUUCAACAUUCUGGCGGGCUAUGAUCUCAAAUAUCUGGAGCGUACAGAGGUACAGCCCAUUGAGUUGGCACGUCAGCGUUUUCCGCGGCCGGAGUUGCCCGAAUUGAUGGAGCUUAUUCCUAGCGCUUUAUCCUUUCUUUUUGUGCGUGACCCAUUUGAGCGUAUAUUAAGUGCAUAUCGAAACAAGCUGGAAGGAAACCGGAAUAGCUUUUAUAAAGGACUAGGGAACAAGAUCAUGCAUCGCUUUCGGCGUCGCAGCUUCGGAGGUCCCUGGCCUCGCUGUGGUCCAACUUUUGAGGAGUUUGUUCACUUUUUAAUCCAAGAAAAUGAAGAAGGUCAUUUGGCUAGCUUCGAUGAGCACUGGGCUCCAAUUUACAGGUUUUGUACCCCCUGCAGCGUAAACUUUACCAUCAUUGGCAAGACAGAGACGUUUCAACGUGACUCUGAAUUUAUUAUACGGCAGGCAGGACUUGAGUCACUGCUGCUCGGCAAACUGCCACGGCGCAAAAUGCGCAAGAUUAGAAAUCAAGCACAAAGUGGCAUCAAGUCUGAGGCGCUAGUGGAACGUUACUUUGCCGAUCUUAAUCGCUCAACAUUGGACCAAUUGCUCAAGAUCUAUCGCAUCGACUUUGAGCUGUUCGACUACGACUACUUUAAAUACUACGACAUGGUACAAGGAACACCCCAUUGGAGCCAGUAUAAGAGUACACCAAUACCUAAAGCUAUCACUGGCCCAGUAGCUACAUUAUCGCUAUCCCCUUCUAGCUUGGCAAAUUCUGCACCUAUCCCCAGGGCGCCGUAGCACAACGAAAACAACCAGAGCUCAACUACAACAACAAUCUUAUUCAAGUACCUUUUAACGCAACACUUAAAACAUAUAUUUAUAAGUAGUUAUAGUGAUAACAACCGAAAGAACCCAACCGAUACUACCAACUAAAGUUUAUUUACCAAUUUAUGCAAGGGCACGUUUUUUAAAAAUGCGAAACUUUCGAGAUUUCAAAGAUAUUGCCAAUCAAGAUAUAUUAUAAGAUCAUAAACAUAUUUAGAUAGAAUUACAAAUUUCCAUGGACUCUUGUUAGCCAAAACUAAACCAAAAACCAACCAAUUAAGCCAAGCCAAAGAUUACAAAUUUUACAAAUUCAACCUGGCGUUGGCCGUUGGAUGUGUGUUUAAUACUAAGUACAGUUCAUCAAACCUACCCAUAUUUACUGAUAGUAAUUUCGUAACAGUUCUUUCUCAUAUGUUCAUAUAUUACUUAUUUUCUAUGCCAUGUAUGUAUGUAUGUAUGCCCUCAGUUGCAAGGAAAUAAUAUGCAAUGGUGUGAGAUUUUAGCAGGUCUUUCCUCCUACGAUUUCCACAUUUGUUGAAGAGGUGUAGUAGUUUUUAGUCUUAUGAACUGCAAACUUAUGAUUAAAUAAUGAGAAAAUAUUCAAAUUUCUUCCCACUGAAUGAUAUA